CCAUCCCAACAAAUUCUAUCCACACUUGGCGGCUACAAGUCAGAGGGAGAGAGAGAGAGAGAGAGAUGCCCCACGGGUGUGUCUCGAGUUUAAUAUAAAAGGCUCGGUGUAAAAGGGCCCCUGGUCUUUGGCAUUGUCUUUCCCACCACAUCUCCAGUAACCAAGAGAAGGGGUAGGGUGCCCCUCCUCUGAACCAUCUAUCCUCAAGAGUGGUGGGUUCUUGUGGGUUGGAGUUCUUGCAAUAUCUUGCCCAACAAUGGCUUGCACAUUCGCUGAUUCAAGCUUCCUUUCAUUGGGCCACCAACAAAGACUAAAUCAACGCCAUGGUUUUGCCCCACUUAAAUCACCAGGUAUAUGUUAUUUCAAGGGGAAAAAUCUACCCACAAAAAGGGUCAAACGCCAAAGACCUUUGUUUCCGAUAAAGAGGACUACAAUUGUACGAGCUGUGGCAGUUCCAGUUGCUCCAUCUCCAGCAGAUAGCUUACCAUCUCCAGCAGAGAGUGCAGAAUAUAGAAUUCAGUUAUCCAAGACAUAUGGUUUUAGGCAAAUUGGAGAACCACUUCCAGAUAAUGUUACUUUGAAGGAUAUCAUUGGUACCCUUCCGAAGAAGGUGUUUGAGAUUGAUGAUAUGAAAGCAUGGAAGUCGGUCUUAAUAUCUGUCACUUCCUAUGUCUUGGGUCUAUUCAUGAUCUCCAAAUCCCCAUGGUUUCUACUUCCUCUGGCUUGGGCAUGGACUGGGACUGCAAUCACAGGGUUCUUUGUUAUAGGCCAUGAUUGUGCACACAAGUCAUUCUCAAAAAACAAAUUAGUUGAAGACAUUGUUGGGACUCUGGCCUUUUUGCCGUUGAUAUACCCCUAUGAGCCAUGGCGUUUUAAGCACGAUCAGCAUCACGCAAAAACAAAUAUGUUGUCCGAAGAUACAGCUUGGCAUCCUGUUUGGAGAGAGGAGUUUGAUUCAUCUACAGUUUUACGAAAGGCAAUUAUAUAUGGCUAUGGCCCAUUUCGACCUUGGAUGUCUAUAGGUCACUGGUUGAUGUGGCACUUUGAUACAAAAAAGUUCAGGCCCAAUGAACUAAAGAGGGUGAAGAUAAGCUUGGCUUGUGUUUGUGCAUUCAUGGCAGUGGGAUGGCCAUUGAUUGUCUACCAGAUGGGGAUCAUGGGAUGGAUCAAAUUUUGGUUAAUGCCAUGGUUGGGUUAUCACUUUUGGAUGAGCACUUUCACGAUGGUCCAUCAUACAGCUCCCCAUAUACCUUUCAAACAUUCAGAUGAAUGGAAUGCAGCACGAGCUCAGCUCAAUGGGACAGUUCACUGUGAUUAUCCUCGUUGGAUUGAGACCCUUUGUCAUGAUAUCAACGUUCACAUCCCUCAUCACAUCUCUCCUAGGAUACCAAGCUAUAAUCUGCGGGCAGCUCAUCAGUCUCUCCGCGACAAUUGGGGAAAGUAUCUGAACGAGGCUACUUGGAACUGGCGUCUAAUGAAGACCAUAUUGACAGUAUGCCAUGUUUACAACAAGGAGCAAAAUUAUAUCCCUUUCGAUGAAAUCGCCCCCAAAGAGUCCUAUCCGAUAACCUUCCUCAAAAAGGUGAUGCCUGAUAAUGCUUGAUACAUCGCUGCGCCACAUGGGUCCGAUGGUUCUUUCUUAUCUGCUACUUUUCUACUUUUUUUGGUCAAAAUAGUGGGAAUGCUUUCCCAAACUUUAUCAUGUUCUUGCUUCAUGUUUCACAACUUUCUGCGCCACAUCUGAGUUAAAGAAAAAGCAUUGUAGCCUGUAGGAAGCUUCAUGGAGAUCUGCAUUUUUGCCUUCUAGUGAUUAUGGAAAACACUACUGCUGAAUUAUUUAAGAUCAAAUUUUGCCGCGUGAUGCGGAUUUUUUUUAAUUUUAUUGAAACUCUACCUUUUGGUGAAAUUAGUGCAAUAAAAUUUGGACUAUAAUACUGUUUGUUUC